ACUUCACAACACACUCACUCGACCGGCUGCUCCUCGACUUGAUCAGCUCAACCUUGCUGGCAGCACGAGAGCAGUACUAUGACUACAGCUUUUUUGAGAAAUACUGCAACCUGGAAUAUCAUGCCUAGCAUUUAAAGUUCUGAAGAGUUUUGACAGAAUUUGAGAGCACAAUGGGAAAUACCGUGAAAACGCCGAGAGCCUCCGAAGAAACAAAUGUGCCCAGCGAAAUGGGUCAGGAGAGUGAUUUCCUUGCUGUCCUCUAUGACUAUCCCUCAGCAGACAUAAGUCAACCUAUAUUUCAUGUAGGGGAAAAACUACGUGUGCUAUCAGAUGAAGGAGGCUGGUGGAGAGUUCAUUCCCUUACGACAGGUCGAGAAAACUAUAUUCCAGGAAAAUAUGUAGCUAAGGUUUACCACGGCUGGUUAUUUGAAGGGCUGGGAAGAGAAAAAGCAGAGGAACUUCUACAGCUUCCCAACACCAAGGUCGGCUCCUUCAUGAUCAGAGAGAGUGAAACUAGGAAAGGGUUAUAUUCCUUGUCAGUGCGACACAGCCAAGUGAAACAUUACAGGAUCUUCCGCCUUCCAAACAACUGGUACUACAUCUCUCCACGGCAAACCUUUCAGUGCCUUGAAGACCUUGUGAAUCACUACUCAGAAGUUGCUGAUGGCCUCUGCUGUGUCCUUACAACACCUUGUCUCACCCAGUGCACCAACAACAGCGUGAUGAACCCAGUUCCUCCCGUGGUGAUGCGGAAUAAAAACUUCAGCUGGAGAAACAUUCACAGGCUGGAGGUGACUGAAGAUACUGAAAGCACCCUGGCAGCAAUGGAUGAUCCUUGUCUCAGCUAUGGCCUGAGGGAAAGUAUUGCUUCCUAUCUCUCCUUAACAGGGGCUGAAAAUGCUUCUUUUGCAAGUGCCAGAAAGAAGAAAGCCCAAUCUUUUAUACACAUUGGGAGCAAACAGAAGAGUACCCUUCACUUGCCACCUACCUACUAUGAAGACUAAAAAUAAGACACCCAGGGGAAAAUCCCAACUAACUGAGGGGUUAGAAGAGAAACCCAGAGCAUCUUGUGAUCUUGCAGUCCAUGGACAGCUGAGAGAUACAAGUUCACUGGCUGGUGAUCAAACGUUGACAAUGCUUCUGCAUCUUCUCUUCUGAAUGCUAACAAGAGACAUAGCACCAUAGACCAGGUGCUAUGUCAGCCAUGGUAGAUGCUGGGAAUGUCCCUAGUCCACCUGAAAUUAAAACCUGCUCACAAACAGGAUAAACUGAGAUAGACUCUAAGUCAAGAGCAAAGUGAGGCAGAUGACUCUUCAUUAGGGGUGAUGCCCACCAAUGUACAAAGGUGACUGCCUAGGGAAGGACUAACUACAACUCAAGACCAUAUAUGAAGUCUUACCCUGUUAUCCUCCACAAGGCUGAAAACCAUCUUUACAUAAACUACCUACACUGAGAAAAGGAGUCUUUUUCUUCUCUAUAUAGAAUUAUUCAUUGCCAUUGACAGUUGGUCAGAAAGUUGUCAACACCCCAAGAGAGUGUCUAACAUCUGGCAUCCGAGAAACACCUGAUUAUAUCAACUCCAUACUUCUGUCAUUUUUACCUUUAAGGGGAAAAAAAAAAUACUUUCUAAGUGGCAUUUAAUUCAACUGCUGGUGAUGGCCUGAAGUGUCAGAAAAUCAGGAACAGGCUUAACUCACUGAAAAAUGCAGUUCCUGCUUAGUUCUGAUCUGGGAGUACAGGCAUAUCCAAAAGCACAACUCAGCUGCUCAUAGCCUAGCAGACAGACAACAGGGCAAAAGGUUUUAAAAUUAAAAGUACAAUGUGCUAAUAUCAUGCCUAACUGCAAAGGUACACUUGCAAAGGUGUGAUUGUUUAUGUAUAGAGAACCAGAUUUUAGCCUCAUGUCCUGAAAGCACCCCCAUAUUUAUGUGUAAUAUCUAUAUUAAUAGACGCUUUUGAAAAAACAAUUAAACUAAGAGCAAAUCAGCAAGAGUGGAUGUUAAAUAGUUUUCUGAAUUUCUUGUCUGAAGAGACUUACGGCAAAUAGUAACAACAUUCCAAAAAUUGCUUAAAGUUUGUAACUGGGUUAUCUGGAAUUCACAGAGUCUAGAUUUUUUUUAUGCAUAUGUAUUCUUUUCUAAGUUGUAAAUGAGCAGAUAGCAUGGUCCUUUGAACCUGACUUGUGGUUGCUUUCUCAAUCAAGUAGUCACUAACAUCUGAGAGCAUAAAAUGCUGCAAUCUAUGUUCUCUACCUGAGAUCUUUUCAGACUACUAUUCUGUGAUACCUUUUUGCACAGAUUUGAGUAAUGAGGGUUUGGAAAGAUAGGGAAUUGCAUUUAUAGAUGUGUAUAUAUAUAUAUAUAUUUUUUUUUUUUUUUUUUUCCUCUGUAAAUACCUCUUAGCACAAUUCUGUGUGCUCUUCAGAUCUUGUGACAGAUCAUUUGCACUAGCAAGAGAGAUUCAGAGAUCAAAAUAAUUCACAGACUAUUUAAAUACAUUUCAGGUCCUAAAGGAUGAAUGUAAUUUGGCUGGUAAACAUUGAAAACCACAAAGCAAAAUGAACUCAGGAACUCUAGGCACUUGUAUGAUCUCAUUACUGUUUGUGAUCAUUAAUAUGUUAUGGUGGCUGCAUUUUAUCCAGUGAAAUGUAUAUGGGGAGCAUUACAGAUUUCUAAGUCAUUAUUUGUAUUUAUUCAUUAAAAUUAUAUCCAGUAA